AACUGAAAGAAAUGGAAAAGCAGAGAUGUUUGUUCCACCAACACUCAUGGAUGAUGAUUACAUAUUUAUUCCCAUUAACAGAAGGUAUAUAAUCAGUGAUGUAGUCAGAAUUUCUGGUCAAGGGGGGGGGGGGGCAGGGAGAAUUCCAGGAGGGGCCUAUGGCUCAAAUGUAUCUAUUUAAAUUUUUAUAGCAAACAUUGGUUAUUAGCAGUGAUCACGCCAUGGCAUAUUAUUAUCAUGGAUUCCUUAACAUGGGACGUUAAUUUAAGAAAGCAUAAAACUAGUUACAUUUUAAGGUUUGUGCUUUAAUUAAGCUAAAUUGAUGUAACUUUACUAUAGUCAUGUGUGAAGCUUUCUCAAUGCAUUGUAUUUUUUCCUUUUAAUUACAGCUACUGGGAACAUCUCUCCACCAAGUUCAAUUUACAACAAACGCAUUUGAAGCUUUCUUGCAAAGUGUUGAAGGUAUUGGUCUGACAUUAAUUGUUGACUUAUUACAAGUAAUAAGCAAUACUGAAGUCUGUUUAAUCCAUGAAUUUUUUAAAGCAAUGGUGUAAGUUUGUAUGAUGCACCCUACAUUAUUAUUCCACCCUGCCUAAUGACAGACAAUGAAAUUAAUGAUUUUCAGGUACCACAGCAGCCACUUACAAGUAACAACUGUGGAAUUUACAUCUCAUUAUUUUUAAAGUAUUUUCUGCAGGUAUAGUAAUGGGGCCAGUUGUUCAGAGCUGGGUUAGUUUAACCCUAUGUUAACUUAAAAUUCAAAGCAAACUUGCUCACAGCUUGUCUAUAAAUUUGGAAGUGUUUCUUCAGAGAUCUUGUCUGGAUCGAUAAGAGUUUACUUCUCUGAAGUUUUGAAAUAAACAGACGUGUAUAAAUACACAAACUAAAACAGCUGGUUAAAUUUUAACACAGGGUUAGCACUAAUCCACCUUUGAACAACCGGCCCAUGGUUGAUAUAUAUAAUGAUAUAUUCAAUAAGUUACUUUGUAUUAAUUGAAAUACUUUCUUUUCACACUUUUUAGGAACUGGAAGAUUAUGAAUCUGAACCUGAUAAUUAUUGUUGCAUUGUACACAAUUGGUUUGAGCCACAAGAAGCUAAGGAAAAACGCACUACUCUAAGACACAAUUUUCAAACGCUUUUAACAAUGAAGAGACAUAAAAUGCAAUUUAAAUAA